CUUUGUGUCAACUGUUAUAACAAGCGGAGUGAUGUAUGUGGAGGACAAACCUGUGGAUUUUCCUGAGCUGAAUCCUGAUUUCCCUUCGCUUCCUUUUGGGCGUCAUAUGAGUAUAAGCUCUCAAGCCUUAAGUGAUGUACCUAGUGACUUAAUCAUCAAAUCGCGUAUAAAAUAUGGCAGCAAAUGGUCGGCCUGUCAGGGCCUUAUGGCGGAUUAUUCAAAAAGCACCUCGAUACAUGGACUACGUUAUAUUUUUGAAGUUCAUCGACCACUUUAUGAAAAAUUCUUUUGGAUGAUCCUUAUGGUGGCAUCUUUAUACUAUGCUGUUGCCUUGAUGUGGGAUACCUAUUGGAAAUGGCAAGAUUCUCCAGUGAUUUUGGGCUUUGAUGAGACUCUAGUGCCUGUUUCUUCCAUACCCUUUCCUACUAUUACGAUAUGUCCCGAAAUCAAGAGAGAAAAGGAAAAAUUCGAUUUUACAAGUGUGGCCAAUCAGAUCUGGGCAGAAAUUGAGGAAACUGAGAAUUUCCAAAAUUCAGGAAAUUUAACGGAUGAAGAAAUACAAAAUUUUGUGGCAUCUCUACAAAUUUGUGAAAGCGAAGUACUUGAUCGCUUCUCUCCCUAUAUGCCCAAACAUUUAGAUGUUAAUGUUGCCCAAACUAUGGUUGAGUUGGCUUUAGCUCCAAAUAUCACAUUGCCUUUCUGCAAAUGGAAUGGUCGAUUUUAUUUCUGCAACUAUCUGUUCAAAUAUGUGCUGACCGACGAGGGCAUUUGUUAUCAGUUUAAUGGUUUAAACACCGAGGAUAUCUACCGAGAUCCCAAUUAUCUCAGCUAUUCGGAUAAUUCAGUUAUCGAUUACAACAACUAUUUUGAUGUAGAGUUACCAAAAUUAAAAGAUGUUACCGGAAAUUGGUCUUUGGACAAUGGUUACAUUGGUCAAGGUUUUAAUGCAUAUCCGCAGCGUUCGGUUUUGUCAUCGGCGCGAAAUGGAUUAUUUGCAGUUAUGAUGGGACAGGAAAGAAAUUUCGAUAACACCUGCCGCAGCCUAAAGCAAGGAUAUAAGGUUUUUCUUAAUUCUCCUGAGAGUGUUCCCCUCACUACUGGCAAUUAUAUUUUAGUGCCACACGAUGAUGAGGUACUUGUUUCCGUUCUACCCCAAUACAUUACCUCAACGGAAAAUUUACUUCAAUUUGGUCCAGAUAAGCGCCAAUGCUACUUUAACAAUGAGCGUUAUCUACGCUUCUUCAAAUCUUAUUCCCAAAGUAAUUGCCAAAUUGAGUGUUUGGCAAAUUUUACCAUAAAUAAAUGUGGAUGUGCCAAAUUUUGGAUGCCAAAGCCCUUGGAUGUUCCCACAUGUGGUCUGGCCAAAGUAAGUUGCUAUGUAAGCGCUGAGGAGGAAAUGAAUUUUGUUAUUUCAAAUCAGACGAAACUGAAAUCGGUUGACCCUAACGUUCAGAUAAUGUGUGAUUGUAUACCUUCAUGCAAUUCGUUGGAUUAUAAUUUUGAAAUAUCGCGUGCGUUCUAUGAUUAUGAGAAAACGUUAGUGGCACGGCGAGAUACCUACGAACUUGAUGAUGCUCGUGGAUCUCGUUUAUCAGUUUACUUCAAAGAACCCCAAUUUACUGCCAUCAAACGCACUGUGAUGUAUGGCAUCACCACUCUGAUUGCAAAUUGUGGAGGCAUUUUAGGUCUAUUUAUGGGUAUUUCCAGCUUAAGUAUAAUUGAGCUCAUCUACUUCUUCACGGUGCGAUUGUGCAAUAAUUUGCACAAGCGUCGACUUAUUAAGAAGAGAUUAUUGGAACAAGAAAUUGUAUUUGCUUACGAUGAAUAAUUUUAUAUGUUAAAUAGAUGUAAGAAAUUUUUAUAGAGGAACC